UCUGUUAAAUUAUGCCUCGAGGGAAAAAAAAAGUUUGGGACUUGGUCACCAGAAUGGCAGUGAUGUAAAUUUUCAUCCAUCUUUACACGGGAGUCAUAUAAUCGACAAAUUAGGGUUCAUGCCUAUGGGUCCAACUACAGCCCUACUUCCUCUCCUGUAAAAGAAAGAAAACCAAAAGAUAUAUCCUUUUCUCAUAUUCUGAUUUUUCCUUCAUCAUAAUUCAUACUACUACUACUACUUAUUACGAACGCUCCUGCAAACCCUCCUAUAAACAUCACCACAAAUCAAAACCUAAAAACAAGAAAAAUUCUAGUCCUAUAACAAAUGGACGCGUAUCAACAACAACAGCCGCACCGCUACAUGAGACCUCCGCCGCCACCACUCCCAUCCCAACCACCACCCCCGAUGGAUGCCCACCUCCAAUACCACCCUCAAUACCAUCACCAACCACCCCCGCUUCCCCCAAGAGCAGCUGCACCUCCACCACCGGGCUCAUGGUACUCCAACCAAUUUCAGUACCAGCAACAUCACAACCAAUCUCACACUACUCCCUCACCCCCUCCUCCUCCCCCUCAGCAACCGCCUUCCCCGUGGGGUCCACCUCCCCACUCCGAUCAUUCCGCUUAUCCUCCACCUCCUCUUCCUUAUCCUUCCCACCCCCACAACGUAAGUAACCACUUCCCUCCACCACCUCCUCCUCCUAGACCUUAUAUGCCUCCUGCACAGAUUCCCCAUUCUUUCUCUCACGGAAAUCAGGAAUGGAGCAAUCCAAAUUGGUCUCAUCAACAAGCCCACAAUGUGGAAGAUUGGGGAGCCAAAGCUAGAGAAUGGGCAAACACUAGGGCUGCCAUGCAGGAUCAGCCAAUGCAAUCACAAAUUACUCUAGCUGGCAGGCCAGAAGAACAAAAUCAUUUUCAUGAUCCAUAUUCACAAGCUGUUGAUUCUCAUUAUAUGGAUUCCCAACAGUCACUGCCAGCUUCUAGCUAUAACAAGUUCCCUGUUACAUCUGCAUCUCCUCAUAGACCACCAACAACUUAUCCCAAUGAAACUUUGUCUAACAGCUCUGGACCGUCUUCAUAUACUCCUGAUGGUUGUCUGCCUUACCAUGUUCGAGAUGGAACUGCAGCUCUGGACCCAAACAAUGGAUUUCUUCACCAAGAAACUUUGCCUACCAGUUCAUCUGUUCAUCAGCAGGAGGUACCUUCUAGUUAUUCUUCUGUUUCAGGGAAGGAAAAUUCUGCAAAUCAAAAGGAGCAGUCAUAUGUGCCAUUUCCCUUACCCAUUCCAUUAGCUCAAGAGGCAGCAUAUCAUAUGCAACCUCCACUGCCUGAUAUUGGUAGAUCAGUGCUGAGUGAGCAAUCCUUUGCAUAUGGCAGUCAGACAGCAGAUCCUGCAGCUGAUCUUAGUGAUCGGCCUUUAGAUUUUACACCUAGGUUUAGUAACGAUCAUGACCCACAAAUGCAGUCCAAUUAUGCUGCUCAUCAUGAAUCAAUGGGAACUGUGAGAGGCAUUGAUCCCAUUGCUGCUGCAUCUUCAAUUAACUCUUGGACUCCUCCAGUAGCACCUGGUGCGGUUUAUCCUCCAGUUCCUCCAGUUCUUCCUUCAGGAGCACAGCAUGAUCAUCUGUCAGUGCCUUCUUCUGUUUCUGGACACACGGCACCUACUUUUCCAAGGUUUCCUGGGCCAAGUUUUCAGCCGCCCAUUCCAUCUGCCACUGCUCCUUUUGGUCUUGGUACAGGAGCUCAACUUCAUCCUGGUGCAGCCUUUCCUGGUGAUAUGUAUGGAACCAUUUCUGAACGACCCAAAAAGGGUCCUGUGCCUAAUUGGCUUAAAGAAGAAAUAUUAAGGAACAAAGCCACUAUAGCUAAGUCUUCUCUAGAACAUUCUAAAGAGGAAACACAGUCCAUUGAGGAUGAAGCAGUAGAUAAAUCCUUGGCUAAAAGUGAUCAACCAGAUAGCAAAAGCAUUGAUUCUUCUAGAUCAACUGAAGAAGAGGAUGAUGAUGAGGAUUAUGUAGAAGUAGCUAGAACUGCAGCUAUUAACCAGGAAAUAAAACGUGUGCUAACUGAAGUGCUUUUAAAGGUCACAGAUGAGUUGUUUGAUGAAAUUGCAACCAAAGUUGUAAAUGAAGAUAAUUCAACAGUUGAACCAGUUGACCAUGACACUAUUGCUUCAAAUCGCAAGGUCUCACCAUCUUCCUCUCCUGUCCCAACUCCUAAGGCUUCUGCAAGGGUACUAAUUCCAGGUAAGGCAAAGGAACCAGACACCUCUGGUGUUGGAGAAAAAUCUAAUUCAAGCUCUCCUGUCAAUGUGUUGGGCCUGGCAAAUUAUGCCUCCGAGGAUGAAGAUGAAGGUGAUGAAAUUCAAAGUUCCAGGAUGCCAGAUUCAAGGAGUAAUGCUGCUGUUGCACAGUCCAGCAUUAAGAAGCUUUCACAAGACAAUGAUGCAACAGAGAAAGAUAAUUCAGAGAUGGUACUUGAUGAACACAGUGGAGUUGAAAAGAAUUGUGGAAGUGAUGUGAGGAGUUCAAAAAACAACAGAGAUGCCACUACUGAUAACAGUGCAGAUAGGAACCAUGACAAGACAUUUUCUUUCAAGACUGUUUCAGGAGAUGAAAUUAACCUUAAUAGUGGAAAGCUGCAAGUUGGAAAAAAUGGUUCUGAGAUGAAUGAUACUUUAGGAGAACUGUUGAUAAAGAAAUCUGAUUCUGAGCUGCCUGACAAAAAUACUGAUAAAAAAUCAACAAAAUCUGAAUCUCAAGGCAGCGAAACAAGAAUAAAAUCAGAUAAGAAUGAUCGACAUGAAAGUAGAAAAAGUUCUUUUAGGAAGGACCCUGGUAGUGAUAUGGAGUUAGAGGUCAGUAGGAGUAGGGAAGAUGAGAAGGCAGAUAAGAAUCAUCUGAGAGAGGAUGUGAUGCUUCGAAAGCGGAAGACAGAAGAUCGAAAUGGCUCAAAAGAGACAGUAAAAGAGCAUAAAACUGGGGGAAAAGCUAAGGAAUCUGAUUCAAGAAAAAGAUCCAACCAUCUUGAUGCAAAGGAUGACAAGAAAAAUGCAGAGAGAUCUAAUAGAGCUAGUGCCAAAGAAGAUGUUGACAGAAAAAGAGGACGGACAAAAGAAGAAGAUAGAUCAAGACAUAAACGUGGAAGUGACUCAAGCAGGCAUAGGGGAAGACGCUCCUCAUCCAUUAGCAGUAGAGGCAGAAACAGCAAGGAUACCUCCAGUUGUCAUGCUAAUGACUCAAGUGAUGAAGCAUCAGAUGGUUCUAAGAGGAAGUUGCAUUCAAGAAAACGAUCACCUUCACCUGUCAGGUCUAGGAGAAGACAAGUUUCGCGGUCACCACAUAGCAAGCAUUCUCAGCGCAGGCAUUCUCCCUACUCUUCUUUUGAGACUACCAGGGGAAAGAGGUCAAGAUCAAGAUCACCUGUUUGGCGAUAGAGAUGAUGAAAAUGAAAAAUUUAAUUUGGUUGAUAAAGGUUUUUGAGCUUGUAAGACAUUUCUGUUUAUAGGUAGAUGUUCCCACAAUCUGGAUCUCUUGAAAUCUGCUUCAGUCAUAUUGGGAGAGGAGCAUGUGGUCAAUUGCUCCAUCUAGUGGAUGAAUGAUGAAGAGGAAAUGGAGAUGGGUGCUCUGCAGGUUCGCGAAGAGGACUGGUGUCGUACAUCUCAGGCAUGAUAAUGAGCAUUGCUAGAUAUUACAGCUAUUCCUGUAUCCAAAUAUAUUUCCUUGCCUUGCCUUGCCUACCUAGUUUUUGUUGGUCCUACCUAUGUAGUAUGAUAUCUUGCUGUAACUUGUGUUGUUUCAUGUAAUUCAGUUGCUAGCCAGCAGUUUUUUGUCUAUAAUUUCAUUUUUGGCGUUUGAUAUGGCAAAAUCAAGUAUUUACUUUUUUAAUUUUCGCGCUUUAAAGUAUUUUGAAUAAUUCAUGAACAGGAGUAGGAUAAGAGCGUCACAAUAACCCAUCACUCCCAGGUUACUAUGUAGAGGACAGUGCUUA